UACCAAGCUUGCUUAGCACCGGCCAUUUUGAGGUUCGUCGGCUUUUCAUUGUGGAUGUUGUAGAAGUUAGAAGCGGAAUUUUAUUCUCUGAUUAGUGAUUUUGUGCAUUACGAUUUGUGAAUUUGAAUAUUAGAGAUCAAUACAACGAUAUCUGAAGUAGAAAAUGGCAAACCGAAGACCUGCUGCUAACGGGCGUCGUAUGGAUUUUGGGCGCAAUGACCGCGGCAGAAACUUUCGGCCUGGUGUAUCGCCGUGGCAAGGCGGAGCACCGGGCAAUGACAUUCCUAAUCUGCUUCCCUUGGGUGGAGAGUCUUCUGACGCUACACUUGCUCUAGCCAGUAUGGCCAGUAACAUAAUCAAUUUAUUGCAACCACGACAGAAUUCUGUUCCCUCAUUGUUAGACAUGCCCAUAAGACGCGACUUUGUUCCUAUGACCCAUCAUAUGGAUAGAGGAUAUGGGCCCAAUAGAAUGGGCAAUCAAGGUAAUUUUCGUCGUACUGGAAAUUACAACCGAGCUGGUGAGCGUAUCAACAAUCGUAAACCAUUCAGGCCUAAUGAUGGGCCAAGGCAACAUAACAAGAUAACCCCGAAAAAGGAGGCCGAUUCUAAGCCUAAAUCCAAGGAGAGUGAUGAAGAUAAAAAGGAAGAUGAUGGUGGGAACAAGGAGGGUACAGACAAUGAGGAGCAGAAGAAAGAAGGUCAGAAAACUCGCUAUGAUGACAUAAACCAGUCACUGUUGAAGUGUCAUAUAUGCAACAAGUCUAUGUGGGAUGGCCGCUCAUUUGAGAACCAUCUAAAUGGUCGCGCCCAUGCUAUUAUGAUGCAGAAAACUGCUGAGAGCUAUGCUCUGACUGCCGAUACCAUGAGGCAAGAAUUCAAGAUUCGUGAAAUGAAACGCAACCGUAAAACGGGUCAAAUGCCAGCAAGAGACUUCUAUUGUGCAAUGUGUGACAUGUAUGCAGCGGAGGGUUCAUCUCAUAGGACCACUAUGGAGCAUCGCAAACUGAAAAAAUACCUCCAUCCAACCUGCACCAAGUGCCACAAGGAGAUACCAACUAGAAUUGAGCUGGAUGAGCAUCGGUUGAGCCCGGAACAUUUGAGAAAUGUUCAGAAUUCCUCUGGGAUAACUGUUAAGCCUAAGCCUGAAGUGUUGUUGAUAUCUACACUUGUGACGGAGCAACAGUUUCUACGUGACGAUAAGCAGCGCCAGAAACGCCAUCGCAAUCAGGACUCUGAACAAGUCCAAGAUAAGGAUGCGGACACCGAGAAAGACGUAGAUCAAUCUGAGAACAAGGAUGAAGAUGGUGAUGAGAAUAUGGAAAAGGGUGAAAAAGAAAAAGAUGAGGCAGCUGACAAGCAAGCUGAAGGUCCCAAGGAGAGUAUUGACGAUGAGGAAACUAUAUUGGACUAUAAAGAUGGUGAUGAUAUGACUGCCAUCACUGUUGAUAAGUUUCCAAAGUACAGUACGGAGCGUGGCGUCGGCCGCUCGUUCCUGACCGAGUUCCGCUGCGUGCAGUGCAAGCUGUGCCGCAAGCUGCUGGACAGUGACGACACGGCCGAGAUCCACCUGCGGACCUGGCGCCACCACCAGCUGUUCCUGCAGGUGUUGGCUGAAAAGAUGCCAAAGCCGGUUGAGUCCAGAAAGCGCCCGAACACCGACGAGGGGUCCGACAACUGGAAGCGAGCUUGCAUCCGCUCCGAGGACGAUGACGGGAACAGCGCCACAGAGAACGGAGACAAGGAUGAAAAAGAGGAAAUGGAGGUGACAGAAGCAGAGACCAAGCAAGAUCCGAAAGUAGCAGAUUCAGAAGUUCCCGAGACAGAUGAACUAGAGGAUUGGGAGCAUUCUGUGGAUGAACUGCUGAAGGAUGUUGCUGACGAUGAGAAGGUGGAAGUUAAAGAAGAGGAGGUGGUCCAAGUCAAAGAAGAGAAAAAAGAAAAGGAAGUGGAUGAACCAGUAGCGACCGAGGCGAACGGAGAGGCCAAGGAACCUUCUACUCCGGCCAAGCGGGGACGUGGACGCGGCCGCAGGAGGAACUAGAUCUGGGCUGAGGCUCAUGGCAAGCAGGCCACCACAAUGUUUAUAUAAUAUGUUUUAUUUAACACAUGCAUUACUAAAUCAUGACAUGUGUGUUUGAAUAAAAUGCUUUUUUAGUACUUUAUGUGACUGUACAUAAUGAAGAGCAUUAAACAGGAGAUUUAAUGCCUAGUUAUGUACAGUUAUGGUGCUCCCACACUGCUGUUAUAAAAUGUUUGUAAACAUUUUCAAACACAAAUACUUCCUCAGAAUACAAUAUGUUUACAAACAAAUGUUUUGUUUGUUACAAUUUAUUAAGAACUUUGUUUAGAAAUGUUAACUAACAUUACCUGACAUGAAAACAUUUCAUAACAUUGUGAUCAAAUGUUCGUAAAUAUUUUAUAACAGCAGAUUGGGAGCACCAUUACAUACACUACUUUAUCAACCCACAUAAUACCAUCAUGCGCCUCCAUGAAUUAUAACCGGUAAUGGCGCCAAUGAAUUUUUUUCCCGCAGCUGUCGUCAUAGUUUUUUUUAACUAGAGUCAGCCCCAACUAUCAUGUAUCGUUAGAUAACUUACUUAGCUGCUUCUUCUUCUUUGUUGUCCACUCCCUGCUAAAGAUUGUGAAUUGGUAGAAUGUCAACAGAACAUCUACGUGCGACAUUUGUCAAUUUGGUUUUCUUUCGUUAUAUUAUGUUCAAAGUACAAUCAUACUAUGGUGGCCAGCUUUACUAGUAUGUCAAUGGUUGUACUUUGUAGGACCUUAUAAUAAACUACACUUGUAGAACUAUAUUUUUAUUUAGUGUAUGUAAUAGUAUAGAACUAAAAUAAUGGAUAGUAGUUAUCUUCUGUAACGUCUUGUAACUAAGAUAAGGUAUUGACAUAAUAAUGUGUCUUAAUCUUUGUAGGAUAGCAUGUAAUUAUAUAGUUUAAUAUUUUAGGUUUCAUUUUAUUGUUAAUUAUAAUUACUUUAUUGAGAAAGUAUAAUAGAUAUCGUAAUUCUUUUAAUUUAAAAUUUUUGUGCUAUGUAGUAAUUGAUUCAAAAUACAACCUUUUCGGAGUGUUUGUUUGUUGUUGCUGUAAUAGAACUGUGUCGAAAAAAUAAACCUGAUGAGAAUCCUAUCAAACAAAAUAAUAUUUAAAAAUAAUUCAGAUACAUAGUUGUAUUCUAUUAGUUGGUAAAUUAUAACAUGAUUUUACUAAUCAUCUUCCUUGUAGGUGUAGUAUAAAACAUUAUGUAUCACUUGAGACACUCAACUUCAUUCCGUACACCCUUUUACAAAUCACAAUUUUUCUCCCUGCAGUGAGUGUUGUACUACGAGAACCUUUUUAUAGGCGUCAUCUUAGACAGCACACAAUAUUAUAUAUUAAUGUAUUCUAUUGAAUAAUAAUUAUUGUAAGUAUUAAGAUAUAAAAUAUACUGGCUUGUCUCAUUCAAUAAAUUUUUCAAUCUGAAA